GCCUUUUAACCAAAUUUGCCAUUUUCUUCACGGUACAUAUCAACUAUUAAAUCGUGUUGUCUGGUGAUAUUGUCGGCCCGAUGUCUGGUGAACAGCAGAGCAAGUCCAUCGCCUCGCCAUCUUCUCGAGGGAUGGACAUGUGCAGUUCAGUUGCCGUGAACAAGGCAGUCAUGAAACAGCUGUACAACCAGAUGUUGAAACAAUCAAACUUCUGUGACACAACUGUAUCCUUUGGAGAAGGCGACAACUGGGCAAGCAUGAAGGCCCACUGGUGUGUGUUGGUUCACAGCCCUUACUUCCAGUCCAUGUACAGAAGUGGUUUAAGGGAAAAACAGCAAGGAGAAGUCCAUAUAGGGAUAGGAAAACCCGAGUUUGUGAAGAUGGCACUGACGUACCUUUACACAGGCAAAAUCUUCAUUGAAUAUUCCACCAUUAAGGACAUGCUUGAAGUGGCCGACUAUCUUCAGAUAGACAGCCUAAAGGCGGACUGUAGCAGAUAUAUUCGCGAUGUUGAAUUGACUGUUGAAAACUGCCUCUCGCUAUGUUUUAUAACUAGUUUGUACAAUAUAGAAGGCCACUCUGAAGUGCUUGAAUUUAUAAGGGCACAUCUGCCGGAAGUUAUGAGCCAGCCAGAAGCAUUGAAGAUGUCGUCAGAUUUGGUUAAUGCUCUGCUGUCUGAUCCAACCUUAAGCUAUGUUCCAAGAGAAGACCUGUUCAAUUUUCUAAUAAAGUGGAUAGAAUUUGAUCCAGAAAUACGGACCAAGCACUUCGAGGAUAUGUUCUCUUUACUUGAUUUGUCCCGAAUGUCUUUGCAGUUUCUCACAAAUGUUGUAAAUCGCUGUAAGUUUGUCAAGGCUUCUGAAAAGUGUGCGAAAACCUCGUUGGAAGUAGAGCAAGUGAUACGGAAUGGAAGAGGACCUGUGUUUGCUGAUAUAGAUGUUCUUAUUGUUGGUGGGAGUUUACAAAAUGGCGACGAACAAAUGUUCAUAUACUUGAUAAAAGAAAACCGUUGGGUGCCAUUAUCAACAUUGUGUAAUGGCAAUGCAGUAUGCGUUUUCGAUUUAAUUGCCACAGUGAACUGUAAAGGAGACGAAUUAUAUUAUCUGAAUGAGGAACCACGUUUCAGAGGCCCAGAUGGAUUGAUGAAAUUUAAUAAAUAUAACUUUAAAACAAAGAAAAGUUCUUCGCAUGAGGUUCCAUUUAAAGACAAUGUUGAUAUUAGAGAUGGGGCGUAUCUCGCCGGAAUCUUUGCGCUGAAGGAAUUCAAUGAAAUCUGCGUAAUUACUCAUAAUUAUAUGUGUAACACUUCUGGCAACAAUGAACCGGCUAUGGUUCAUGCAGUUUUCUUCGAUGCUGAAAUGUCUCGAAUUGUUUCCAAAACACUUGUGUUCAAAACUUUUAACCCUCACGCAGAACUAUUGCUUUCUUGUUGUCUAGCAAGGGAUCGUUAUCUGUGCGUCUAUGUGUUUAACAAUAAUGGUGGCAGUGUGACAAAUAACGAAUACCAGAAAUUCUUCGUGUUAGAUACGCACAAGAAACCAAACAACGAAUUUCAAGAUUUCUCCAGAGGAUCAUAUCGAGGCGAUGUUAUCUUUCCUGUUGGUCGUGAAAUUUAUGUAUGUACAUUUAUUAAUAGCAGCGAUUCGAUUGGAAGAUUUGAUUUGAAAAAAGGAAAGUGGUCCGUAUUUGAGUCUCCAGCAUUACAUGGCAUAGACGAAAACAUAUGCGGAUUAGGGUUCUUUGAUAAUAAGGUUUUUGCUUUUAUUGGUGACGACGAAGAUAUAUUUGUGGAAGAGUGUAAAAUGUUUGAUUUUAAAGGCAAUGAAUGGGUGCCCGUUGCACCAUUGCCAAGGCCUCUAUCCUGUUCGAUUGAGUCCUUUACUGUUCUUUCACACAAAAUUUCCAGCCAGUAUCUAACAUGUCACGCGGACUGUCCACACUGCAAGCUGGCUGUACUGAAGCAGUAGAUGGUUCUCAAAUACUGAAAGGAAGCGUGUCAGAAGAAAUGAUUAAGGUCCAACUACAAUAAAUGUUACUACAUUAUGCUGUAAGUUUAUGGACUCGUGUGCUUAAUAAUGAUCAUGUUCCUACAUUAUGAUAUUAUGGUUAGGACUAUUGCACGAAUACGAACGGUAUUGUUAAAGAAAUUGAAGGGGCACAUAAUGACACAUGAACAAGGUACUUAUCAAUAGCAAUUGAUUAGACUAUAUAUGGUAUUCUAACGUAAGUAUUUUUUAAGGGAACGUGCACUAAUAAAUGAUGAAAAACAAUUCACGAGGCUAGUCAUCAUUAUGUCAUAACAGUAAGUACAGGCAAGAGCAAUUAAUGGGACUAGAUUAUGCUAUAACUGUAAGGACAGGCAAGAGCAUUCGAUUGGACAACAUUAUGCUAUGACUGUGAGGACAGACAAGAGCAUUCGAUUGGACAACAUUAUGCUAUAACUGUAAGGACAGACAAGAGCAUUCGAUGGGACAACAUUAUGCUAUAACUGUGAGGACAGGCAAGAGCAUUCGAUUGGACAACAUUAUGCUUUAACUGUAAGGACAAUUAGGAGCAAUUGAUGGGACUACAUUAUGUUAUUACUGUAAGGACAAUUGGGAGCAAUUGAUGGGACUACAUUAUGUUAUUACUGUAAGGACAAUUGGGAGCAAUUGAUGGGACUACAUUAUGUUAUUACUGUAAGGACAAUUGGGAGCAAUUGAUGGGACUACAUUAUUCUAUUACUGUAAGGACAAUUGGGAGCAAUUGAUGGGACUACAUUAUUCUAUUACUGUAAGGACAAUUGGGAGCAAUUGAUGGAACUACAUUAUGUUAUUACUGUAAGGGCAAUUGGGAGCAAUUCAUGGGACUACAUUAUGUUAUUACUGUAAGGACAAUUGGGAGCAAUUCAUGGGACUACAUUAUUCUAUUACUGUAAGGACAAUUGGGAGCAAUUCAUGGGACUACAUUAUUCUAUUACUGUAAGGGCAAUUGGGAGCAAUUCAUGGGACUACAUUAUGUUAUUACUGUAAGGGCAAUUGGGAGCAAUUGAUGGGACUACAUUAUUCUAUUACUGUAAGGGCAAUUGGGAGCAAUUCAUGGGACUACAUUAUGUUAUUACUGUAAGGACAAUUGGGAGCAAUUGAUGGGACUACAUUAUGUUAUUACUGUAAGGACAAUUGGGAGCAAUUGAUGGGACUACAUUAUUCUAUUACUGUAAGGACAAUUGGGAGCAAUUGAUGGGACUACAUUAUUCUAUUACUGUAAGGACAAUUGGGAGCAAUUGAUGGAACUACAUUAUGUUAUUACUGUAAGGGCAAUUGGGAGCAAUUCAUGGGACUACAUUAUGUUAUUACUGUAAGGACAAUUGGGAGCAAUUCAUGGGACUACAUUAUGUUAUUACUGUAAGGACAAUUGGGAGCAAUUCAUGGGACUACAUUAUUCUAUUACUGUAAGGACAAUUGGGAGCAAUUCAUGGGACUACAUUAUUCUAUUACUGUAAGGGCAAUUGGGAGCAAUUCAUGGGACUACAUUAUGUUAUUACUGUAAGGGCAAUUGGGAGCAAUUGAUGGGACUACAUUAUGUUAUUACUGUAAGGGCAAUUGGGAGUAAUUGAUGGGAUUACAUUAUGUUAUCACUGUAAGGGCAAUUGGGAGUAAUUGAUGGGACUACAUUAUGUUAUUACUGUAAGGGCAAUUGGGAGCAAUUCAUGGGACUACAAUAUGUUAUUACUGUAAGGGCAAUUGGGAGCAAUUCAUGGGACUACAUUAUGUUAUUACUGUAAGGGCAAUUGGGAGCAAUUCAUGGGAGUGCAUUAUUCUAUUACUGUAAGGGCAAUUGGGAGCAAUUGAUGGGACUGCAUUAUGCUAUUACUGUAAGGGCUAUUAGGAGCAAUUCAUGGGACUACAUUAUGUUAUUACUGUAAGGACAAUUGGGAGCAAUUGAUGGGACUACAUCAUUACUAAAGGACAGGCAUGAUCAUUUGAUGGGACUACACUACAUUACUGUAGUAAUACCAAGGUAUUGAUUAAGAGCAAUUUAUUGGACUGCAUCGUUAUAUAACCGUUAAGACAAUCAAGAGCAAUCGAUAGGACUACAUUAUGCUAUUACAGUUAGGAAACGAGUUCUACGUGAACGAAGUUAUUAUCAAGUGCAUGGUACUGCUGGUUCUAUAAAAAAGUAAAGGGGAUUCCAAUGUUAUUGCGAGCACAAGUGCUACCACCGUCAAUUGACUUUCAGAGAAUGAACACUAGCCAGUAAACUGGUGCAGAUAUACUCGCAUACUAGUAUGUGUUGUUUGUCUGUUUGCCAGCUUAGGAACAUUUAUUAUGCAUUAUCAUGAAUCGAUGAUAUAUGACGUUGGCACGUGCUUGUUCAUCACGUAUUUUAAAAUCAUUAUUAAUAAAUUAUUGUGUUAGGCUGUUUUCGAGAUUGGAAACCAGCGUCCAAAAUGGUUUAAACUAUGGUGUUUGAAACA